CCCGUAUUCUUCGGACUUUCGACUCGGCCGUCCGAACCAUUUCCAUUCACGAAGGUGCACGACGGUUUCGCGGCAGAAUUCGGGCCAUUUGCCUCAUCGAGACGAAACAGACUAGGCGAACAUAUAUUGACGCUCGGAUUUCGGAUUCGGGACACACACGGCUGAAGCGAGGUCUAGCUGAGGUCUUUCUUUUUCUUUUCCGUCAAUAUGAGGGCAUCGUUGGCCUCCCACUCGGGCCGCGCAGCGACGUACCUCUGCGCCGCAUGCCGCAGGGAGGCGAGAGCGUUCCUAGAUUCCCAGGGUGCUCUAAUCAGGGCGGUGCCGGUAGCCCCAUCGCGACGGAACAUCUCGACCAUCGCGAUCCCGGCCGACCGAAGGUCGUCCGCCCAGCGCUGGCCCUCGACGAGACAGACCCGCUCCGCCACGACCCGCGCCUCUCCCGACGCGACAACCCCGUCCUCGACGCCGUCCCAACCGUCCUCCAUCCCGACGUAUUACGCACUCUUCCCGGAGACCCUUCCCGACGGCCCGCCCCCCAAGGGCAAGUUCGCCAUCGACCUCCGCGCCCUGCGCAACGAGUUCCUGCGUCUGCAGGCCGCCUCCCACCCCGACUUCCACCACCACGCCGCCGCCAGCGAGGGCCAGUCUCCUGCUACCGAGAAGAGCAGCAGCGGCGGCGGCGGCGGCGGCGGCAGCGGCGGCAGUGGCAACAACAGCAACAGCAACAGCAACAACAACGGCCAUAAAUCCGCCGCCCGCAUCCGAGCCGAGGCGACGUCCGCCCUGAUCAACGCGGCCUACAAGACGCUGUCGUCGCCGCUGCUGCGGGCGCAGUACCUCCUGCGGGAGCAGUACGGCGUGGACCUGGAGGCGGACGAGCGGGGCGCGCAGAGCGGGGCGCCGGACCCGGAGCUGCUGAUGACGGUGCUGGAGGCGCGCGAGGCGAUCGAGGAGGCCGAGCGCGAGGAGGACCUGGAGGAGGUGGCGGCCGCCAACGAGGCGCGCAUCGGCGAGAGCGAGCGGCUCGUCGGCGAGGCCCUCGAGAGCGGCGACGUCGAGGCCGCCAAGGAGGAGGCCGUCCGGCUGCGGUACUGGGUCAACAUCCGGGAGAGCGUCAGGAACUGGGAGAAGGGGAAACCGGUCGUGCUGCAGCACUGACAACCCCGUUUCUUCGAUCCUCUCCUUUUGUCUCUUUUCUCUCUUGUUUUUUUCUUCUUCCCUCCUUUUCUCUCUCUCCUCUCUGCGUGUGUAUGUGUAAUGGAUACGGCGUAUAAAAAGAUGGACUCGAGGGGUAUGGGGAAGCGGGUACGGGAGUCUAGUGCGUUCGAGUUGGAUCGAUAGAGGGUACGGUUCGUUAAAGAGUCACCUGUCACUGAG